UCUUCAUCUUCUAACGCAUUGCAAGGUUGUGUUUGUUGUGUCUGAGAAAAGCGAAUGGAUCAACAGCUUAAGAUGCGCGUAUAAAAAGCGAAAGUCUUUUUGAAAUCAAUUCAGUUUUGUUGGAAAAUUUUGUGGAUAAGGUUUAGUUUGUUCACAGUCAAAAUGCGUAGUUUUGUGAUUUUAGCAGCGCUUAUUGCCGUUGCCAUCGCCCGACCAGAUAUUGGUCUUAAAAUCCGACAAGGUUAUAACUAUCAAAGUCCAGGAGGUGGAGGUGGUCACAGUUCCGGAGGUACGUCACACAAUACGCUACUUAAACAAAAUGUUGGUGGUGGUGGUGGUCGUGAAAAAUCGCUGUUUGAAGGAAUAAGUAGUUAUGAUGCACCAUUGGUUUCAGGCAGCAGCUAUAGCAGCGGAGGUGGUGGCCACUCAGGUCAUGGCGGAAGUUCAGGAGGUGGAUUUGGUGGAGGUUCAAGUGGUGGAUUUGGAGGUUCUUCCGGAGGUGGUUUCGGUGGAUCUUCCGGAGGUGGUUUCGGUGGUUCUUCCGGAGGCGGUUUCGGUGGCUCUUCCGGAGGUGGUGGAUUCGGCGGAUCUUCAGGAGGUAGUGGAUUCGGUGGAUCUUCAGGAGGCGGAUUCGGUGGAUCUUCCGGCGGAGGUGGUUUCGGUGGAUCUUCCGGAGGUGGCGGAUUUGGAGGUUCUUCCGGAGGCGGAUUUGGAGGUUCUUCCGGCGGUGGUGGUUUCGGUGGAUCGUCAGGAGGUGGAUUUGGAGGUUCUUCAGGAGGUGGAUUUGGAGGCGGUUCAGAAAUUACACAAGGUCAAUCACAAGUUAUCGAUAUUUCUGGUGGUUCAUCUGGUGGUGGUGUUGUUUAUAAGCCAGUCAUCAGACAAGGAGAACCACAAAUCACAAAACACUUCUAUGUUCAUGAAGCCCCAGAUGAUGAACAAAAUGUUAAUGUACAAGAAAAAGUAAUCAACGUCAGACCACAGAAACAUUACAAGAUUAUCUUCAUUAAGGCUCCAUCAAGCGGAGGUGGAAUCGGUGGCAGCAAUGUACCAAUCUUCCCACAAAACGAAGAGAAGACAAUUGUUUAUGUAUUGAGCAAGAAGAACGAAAUCGUUGACGAGAAUGGUGAAUUCCCAACACCUCCUCCACCAGUCACUAGCAAACCUGAAGUAUUCUUCGUUAAAUACAAGAACCGUGAAGAAGCUGAUCAAGCUGUUUCUAAAAUCCAAGGUAUGUAAUAUGCUCCAAAAACAAAAGAUUGAAAAAAAUUCAAUGGAUGCCACUUGUCUUCUGAUAUUUAGAAUCAUUCCAAGAAGGCGGUCCAGGAUAUAAUUCACCAGCUAGUUUCGCACAAAGUAUUGGAGCAUCAAGCGGUGGUGGCUCAAGCUCAUUCUCAUCUAGAGGAUCAGGUUCAGGUGGAUCAUCAUUCGGUGGAAGCUCAGGUGGUGGUGGAAGUUCAGGUGGAUCAUCAUUCGGUGGAAGCUCAGGAGGAUCUUUCGGCAGUGGUUCAGGUGGAUUCGGUGGAAGCUCAGGUAGCGGUGGAUCUUCAUUCGGUGGAAGCUCAGGAGGCUCAAGUGGCGGUGGAUCAUUCAAACAAACUUCAACAUCUUUCCAAUCAUCUGGAAGUGGCUUCUCAAGUGGAAGUAAUCAAGUUCAACCUCAAAGAAUGAUUGAAAUUCCUGUCGAAGGUUCAGCUUUCAACUCGGAAUACUUGCCACCAGGAAAGAAAUAAGUUGAACAAACCCGAAGUUUUAAGUCGAAAUUGUCUCCUUAUUUAAAGCCUUUUCUCUUUACUUGACAUUAUUAUUGUAAUAUAAAUAAAUCAUUCCAAGUUCGAACAUCUACAUUUAUAUGUUUGCCGGUAAAUUUGGAUAUCCCAAUGAUUGACUGUGAAAAAUGUUGCCGGCAGAAAUAAAUUUAUUUAAAGACAAAUGAAAA